GCCAUAUAGUGUAUUGAGUUGAAAGUUUUUCAUACAGUGUAGCAACCGAGUAAACAAACAAACAAAUAGUGGCAGACGUUAUUCUCCAACAUUUAGACGGUUUUGGUGCAUUUGCUUCAGUGUCCUAGAACAGCCUCUGAAAAUGGACAAGCCCCAGAUUAUAGCCCACAUCGAGAAGUCAGUUGACUACUCUUUGUUUGACUGUCGGUGGAUGCCAUGCUCCGCAAAGUUCGUCGUUUUGGGUUCCAUGCCGAAUUCAAGUGGGGUUAUUCAACUAUAUGAAAUAUCUGGAGGGUCUGUGAAAAUGAUCAAAGAGAUUAAAAGGGAGAAAGCUUUCAAAUGCUGUACCUUUGGAGGUUCAAAACUUUCAAAUAGACUCUUAGCAACUGGUGAUUUUGAUGGCAGAUUAAACCUAUGGGACUUUGAGAAGCCUGAGAAUCCUGCAUGUUCCUUCAAUAACGCUCACAAAGAAAUUAUAAAUUGUAUUGAUGGUGUUGGUGGAUUAAGUACAGGUUGUGGUGCCCCAGAAAUAGUCACUGGAAGUCGAGAUGGGUCAGUAAAGGUUUGGGAUCCGAGACAAAGAGACAAGCCUGUAGCUGUAAUGGAGCCAGAAGAAGGAGAGAGUAAACGUGACUGUUGGGCAGUUGGUUUUGGUAACUCUUAUAAUUCAGAAGAACGAGUAGUGUGUGCUGGCUAUGACAAUGGAGAUAUUAAAAUGUUUGAUUUAAAAAACAUGAGUUUAAGAUGGGAAACUAACAUUAAAAAUGGAAUUUGUGGUCUUGAAUUUGAUAGAAGAGAUAUCAAGAUGAACAAGCUUGUGGCAACCACUCUAGAAUCUAAAGUUCAUGUGUUUUAUCUUCGAACACAGCACUCUAAAGAAGGGUUUCCUCAUAUAUCAGAAAAGGUAGAAUUCUGAUUUUUUUUUCUAAAAUUUUAUUUUUAUGGUGAACUUAAUCAAUUUUCCUUGUUUCGAUGUUAUUCUAGGCACAAAUCAACUGUAUGGCUCACUCGGCACUUGCCACAAAAUAGAGAAAUUUUCAUGACAGGUGGUGGUUCUGGUUCUCUUUGUUUAUGGAAAUACAACUACCCAGAGAAGAGGACAAAAAUGAUCGAUGGAGAAGAGGCUGGUGUUGCUGGUAAUUUAACAUUGCUUCAGAAUGCAACUUUAUCAUCACAACCAAUCUGUGGUUUUGACUGGAGCCCUGACAAGCAAGGUUUGGCAGUCUGUACUUCAUUUGACCAGGCAUUUAGAGUACUAAUUGUUACUAAGCUAAAUCUUUACUGAUGGUGAUAACCCCAUGUAUGUACUCGUCUUGAUUAAUAUUGUUUCCUCUGACCACCAUGUUAUGCUUUUAAUUUCAUUAAAUUUAUUCAACAAG